UGCGAUUCUGACGUGUCGGGUUCUUUAAUUUGUUUAUUCGGAUUUUAUAAAAAAAAAACAAACGGAAGUAAAGAAAUUAGUAGAUUGGCAAUAUUGAUAUUCCACGCAUACAAAUUUUUCAUCGAAUUCAUAAAGAAUUGAUGCUUUUGUCAGAAAUAUUAGAAAACCACCUAACCUGAGUCAUUGCAUUUUUUUAAUUUAAAAUUUAGCAUUCCAAUAAUCUUUUAUAAUGGGUUUAACUAUAUCCAGUCUUUUGCAACGUUUAUCUUUAAAAAAACAAAUGAGAAUUUUGAUGGUUGGAUUGGAUGCAGCUGGUAAAACCACAAUUUUAUAUAAACUAAAAUUGGGUGAGGUUGUUACAACAAUUCCUACAAUUGGAUUUAAUGUCGAAACAGUUGAAUAUAAAAAUAUAUGUUUUACGGUAUGGGAUAUUGGUGGACAAGAUAAAAUUCGUCCAUUAUGGAGGCAUUAUUUCCAAAAUACACAAGGCUUAAUUUAUGUUGUCGAUUCAAAUGAUCGUGAGAGAAUUGAGGAGGCGCAAAAAGAGUUACAUGCAAUGUUACAAGAGGAUGAACUGAAGGAUUCUAUUUUAUUGGUAUUUGCAAAUAAACAAGAUUUACCUAAUGCAAUGACUGCUGCUGAGUUAACUGAAAAAUUAAAUUUAAAUCAAUUGCGCAAUCGUAGUUGGUACAUUCAAGCAACGUGUGCUUCGCAAGGGCAAGGUUUAUACGAAGGUUUGGACUGGUUAUCAAAUGAAUUAAGUAAAAAAUAACGUAGCAAUAAUAACAUUUUUAAAAAAUUAAAGAUUGAUCAUAUGAAACGAAAAGUAUAUAUAAAGAAAAUUAUUAAUAAAUUUUUUGAAUAAUGAA